AAGAAGAUUAGAAGAUGGAAUUCGUGACAUCGAAGUUUAGCGUUGGCUUGUUUAAUGAUAAAACUAGUGAAGUGUGGAUAGCAAUUUGGUGUUGUCCCACUCACCCAAAUUCAUUUUAUUUUUUUGAAUAAAUAAUUUAAUUUUUAAUUUUAAUUCAACAAGGUUUGAAGAAAUGCAAAAUGUCCAAGCUUUAUAUACGGUUUACAGAACAUUCUCAACACGCACGAAAAUGGGCAACCCCUUCAAAACCGCUGUCCAGAAGGUAUUCAUGCAACAAAGCCCCCUCCCAAUUCUGUAACAACCGAAACCGAAACCCCUUUAUUAGCUUUUUCUUCACUUCAAACCACUCUCAUAAAUUCAACAUUCUUCAAAGUUUGUCACCUAUACCCAGCUUCAUUCAAUGGCUAGAAGGAGAGAAGAGUACCUUUCACCAGAAAUAGUUAACCGUGGCAUCAACAACUCCGGUUCACCGAGCUUUUCGGUGAAGGUUAACCGCGGUUUGCCUGACUUCCUUAGCUCAGUCAACUUGAAAUAUGUGAGGCUUGGCUACCGUUAUCUUAUUAACCACGGUAAAUAUUUCGCGGUCUUGCCGGUUCUUCUAGUGAUCAUCGGUACACAGAUCGGGAAGCUAACAUGGGAUGGUGUUUUUUCCCUGGAGUAUUACAACCUAGUCAACACCCUUCUCUUAUCAGGAUUCUUGUCCCUGUUUGUGUAUGUUUAUCUCGAUUUGACUCCUCGUUCGACUUAUCUGGUCGAUUUCGCCUGCUACCUCCCACCAAACGAACUCAAGAUAACGAACGAGGAAUACAUAGAGUUGGCCAAGAAAUCAGGCCAGUUCAACGAUGCAGCAAUUGAAUUCCAGCAGCAAGUUCUCAAGAAUUCAGGCAUAGGCGAUGAAACGUACCUGCCGAGAGUGAUAUUCCAGCCAAAUUACAGAAAAGACCUUGGAGAUGGCCGGGAAGAGGCGGCGAUGCUGAUGUUUGGGGCGGUGGAGGACCUCUUUGCCGCCACCGGAAUCCGCCCCAAAGACAUACGGAUCCUGAUUGUCAACUGUGGGGUCCUCAACACCACCCCUUCCCUCUCCGCCAUGAUAAUCAACCGCUACAAGCUCAGCCACACAAUCCAGAGCUUCAAUAUUGGCGGCAUGGGCUGUGCCGCCGGCAUAACUGCUGUUGAUCUGGCCAACGACCUUCUGAACGCCUAUCCAGGCUCAUAUGCAAUGAUAGUUAGCACUGAAGUUGUCAGCUUCACUUGGUAUGGUGGGAAUGAGAUGGAUAUGCUGCUUCCGAAUUGCUUCCUCCGCAUGGGGGCUGCCGCCAUUUUGCUCUCGAAUCGCCGCCUGGACAGAUGGCGCUCCAAAUAUCAAUUGAAGCAGUUGGUCAGAACUCACAAAGGAACUGAUGAGAGGAGCUUCAGAAGCAUACAACUCAAAGAAGACUCACAAAGAAAACAAGGCCUAUCAGUGAGCAAAGACGUGAUAGAAGUAGGGGGCCAUGCCCUCAAGGCCAACAUCACCACACUCGGCCCACUAGUGCUCCCUCUUUUGGAGCAAUUCCACUUCUUCAAAUCACUACUUUUCAAUAAAACCGGCUCCUCCAAGCCCUACAUCCCCGACUACAAGCUCGCGUUUGAGCACGUCUGCAUACUGGCUACGAGCAAGAAAGUGCUGGACGAGAUACAGAAGAACCUGGACCUGACAGAUGAAUACAUGGAAGCUUCUAGAAAGACCCUGGCGCGGUUCGGAAAUACUUCCAGCAGCAGUAUUUGGUAUGAGCUGGCUUACUUGGAAGCCAAGAACAGGAUCAAGAAUGGAGACAGGGUCUGGCAACUGGCUCUGGGCUCUGGCUUCAAGUGCAACAGUGUUGUCUGGAGGGCUGUUAGAACUGUUAGGCAGAUGAAAAGGACACCGUGGAACGAGAAUUGAAGACUCAGCUUGUACGGCAUUAUCAUCAUCAUCGUAUGUUAUAGAUAUAUAGAUGGGAAAUAAGUUAAUAAUCAUAACGCAGUACUAGUGAAAAAUUUACUUCCAUUUCAUUUACAUCUUGUCCUGAUUGUAUAAUGAUCUUCGUGGUGAUCAAAGAUAUAUUGUACACAAUAGUUCACACAAAUGUAGCAUUACUUCAACCAAGAACAGCAGAACUCACAAACACAUUUUAUCUUCCCAAUUUUUCAACAAGCCAAUUAAUUACAACAGUACCACUCCAACCGUUUGUUCCCCACAUUCAUAAAUUACAACAUGCAAUUAAAACAUGAAACACAACAAAAACCAACUCACCCAGUAUUAGGGGGCAAAAAAAAAGUGAAACCAAAAUCAACUCACAUGCCUCGCCGCUUUGAAAUAUCAUCGAGAGAAGGCGGCAUACCGCCACGAACAAGUGAUCCCGCUAGCUGAGCGGCCGUGAAGGAUUCAACCUCACCGACUUUCAUCCUGAAAAAAA